AUGGCUGUCCCUCAGGUCAAUGGCGAUGUUUCGCCCCGUCCCAACUCUGCUUUCCUCCAGCACCUCCUCGCCUACCCUUUGAUCAGCGAUAGCAUCCACACUGUCAAGGCCAACGAGUACGCUCAGCGCUCCAUCAAGCUCGGCGAUUCUGCCUACCAGACUUUUGCUGCUCCCGUCCUCCCCUGGCUCGCCAAGCCCUACGAGUACGUCUCUCCCUACGUCGCUCGGGCCGACUCUCUCGGUGACAAGACCCUCGACCGCAUCGACGAGCGCUUCCCCGUCGUCAAGAAGCCCACUAGCGAUCUGUACAACGACACUCGCAGCCUGAUUUUGCUCCCUUACAACAAGAGUAUCGAGGGCCGUGACCACAUCUUUGACGUCUAUGCCAGCGAGGCCAAGAAGAUUGAGCAAAAGGGCCUUGUUGGCCAAGGAAAGGCCGCUGUCUCUACCGCCUUUGUCGUCAGCAACGAGACCCUGGGCUGGUUAAGCAGCUUCCUGGCCGCCAAGAAGGCUGAGGCCACCACUGUCGUCAAGGAGAAGGUCAAGCAGUAG